AUGGCAAUGGCAUCAAUUCUUCCUGCCGCGACGGGCGUUGGCGAAAGUGAUCGUGUACUCAAAUCUAUGGACGCCAACCGGUACGCGACGAAGAAAACCAUCGCCCAGGGGAUGCUGGACAUAGCGCUCCUAACGGCCAAUGCGUCCCAGCUUAAGUACAUACUGCAGGUUGGCGAGAAGCACGAGUUCUACGGUCUGAUGCUGACGCUAAUCAGCAUCUCCAUCAUUCUGCAGAUGUUGGUCGGCAUAUUGUUCGUGGUAAUAGGUAGCUUGAACAUCAAUCGCAAACCCGACCAAACGGCCGCAAUCGUGUUGAAUGAUAUCAUACUGGUGCUUAUAUUUGUCAUCUCGCUGAUCAAUGUCAUCAUAUCCGGUUUCGGGAUCGAGUACUCUUCGCAACCGCUUCGUCUGCUUGACCGGGUUGCGGCUCAGCCAGCGCAAAUGUCAACCGGCCAACCGAUGGCCGGUUCCUUACGCGUUACACCUUAA